AAUGACUACGAGGAACUUGAUAAUUUAAGUUCGGCACUGCAGGAGAUCCAUAAAGACAGAGAUCCAGAUACUCCACCGGCUCUUCCAGCCAGGCCUCCAUCUAUCGUCUGUGCUUCCUGUAACGCAAAUAGCAAAUCCCCGGGCGGCAAAGCAAGGUCCUUAUUCAAACGAACUGUGAACUUAAAUGAAACGAACAUUAGAAUUAAAAGUCAUUUUACUGAUGUCAGUGAACGCAAAUCACGUGUUACGUCAGAACAAGUUCCCUGUGAUGUUUGUGGAGCUAGCAGAAAAAGACCGUGUAAUCUGGCAAAACCAUCCAGCACUGAACACUUCAUUGUGAACCCAUGCCUAUGUGUAAGUGACUCUAAUGUACUUAGCAACGAUUUUGCGAGUGGCGGCUGUUAUUCUCCCAGCUCCACUCUAAAACAAUCCUUUACAUCAUUCGAUAAUUUCAAACCAGACAAGAUUCAUCAGCCCAGUAACAUACAGUUACAUGGGCGAGAACUGCAAGCAUCGGACACAUCUAAUUUUAGGGUAGAUAAUUUCACUAGCAGAAGAGAAACUCCGGACAUCGUAGAAAUUACACAACCUUCAAGUCCAUCCAACGCGGUAAACAACAAUCUGGUGGCUUCACCUUUCAGCGUCUUCCUAGACAAUGCUAACUUUGGAGUAAACCGCGUUGUCACUGGGGAACAAAUACCCGUCACAACUUCCUUAUCUCACAGCUUUACCCCACAACCCAUUUCUUCAUCUGUUCUCGAAGAUCAUACACAGUCUGUAAGUACACCAAAUCCUCAAAACAGACAGCAUUCCGAAGUCAGCCAAUGUGAUAAUGGUUUCGGCGUCUUAGGCAUGGCGAACGUAGUUCAUAAUUCCGCAGUACCAAGUUCGACUCCAACUACGGGUAAUUUGGUAGGAGACCACUUUGCGCUAAUAUCCACAAUGCUGUUUAGCACUGACCAUUCCGGAAGAAAUGGCAAACUACUAAACUUAGAUAUGCCGAGUAGAACUAUACAGCCAGCAGAUAAUGGGGUUGGUUCUGCAAUGUCCUGUAAAGGAUACGCUACUAACAUAACAUCUGACUCUUGGGACCUUAGACAGAUGAAAAACAAGCAAAAUGUCCCUCUUUCGAAAAUACCUUUCGCUUGCGAUGAGCAGAUUUGUAAUCAGAUUGGCAGAUAUGGUCAUUCCUUCCCGCCAAAAGUAGCUAAUUACACUCACAGUGAUUAUAUUGUUAUGAUGGCUAACUCAGACACUUGGCAUGGUAAGGCAACCAACUGCGUGAACGGUGUCAGUGAAACUGUUUCUUUCCCCACAGAGGGCUGUGAGGAGCCGGCAGUUCUAGAAACACAUGAGAUUUAUGUUCAACCAAAUCACACACCAGCUGUAGUCAAGCAGGGCCAGCAGUUUGCAAACGUUUACUAA